AUUUGGGUCCCGCUUUGUGCGCAGCGGUAAAUCUUAUUAGCUCCAUUGGCUACGUGCGCCGCAAAUAAUUGUUUUAUUAAUAUUGCACGUUUUCCAGUUGAAACGUGAACAUUAGGUUUUUUUUUUUGUUUGUUUGUUUUUUAAAAAAAAUAUUGCUAGAAAACCUUUCUACUUCUGCAGUCUGUCAUGGCGAGCCGCGUCUCCAUUCACUCCCAGCUCUCCUCCAUCAUGGAGACGAUGGCCAAGUCUGCGUUCAGCCAGGUCUGCAAGCUGGUGGACCAGGACUCAGCCGAGCUGCGGUCGGAGCUGUCCCGGCUUCUGUUUGCCAAUUCAGCCCUGACAGAGAAAGUGAACAGUCUGGAGUGUGAACUAACAAGUGUGGUCAGAGACACGCCCAAGAAAAGUAGAAGUUAUUGCAGCGUAGGUGUGCAAACUGCCUGCAGCAGAGACGAGAAGCAUCAUGAUGUGACCUGCCCUCCCACUAUAGAGGGGAUCUUUGGAAAAGACUGGUGCAUAAAUCUGUGGAAGGACAGAGAUCCAUGCAGUCCCCAGAGAUGCACAGACUCACCAGGGUCUCCUGAUGAUGAGCCUACAGCAGCUCAAUCGGACCAAGUCACACUUGCCGAGAUCAAAAAAGAGGAGAUGAUGCCAAAUGCUGCCACUAACUCAGAUGAAAAAGCAAUUUCCAAUGAAGCACAGGAAGAAAGCAUGGCUGAGGAAUCGGACCAGAAGUCAGUGGAUUACUCUGUCGAUGGCAGUACUUGCAGCUUGCCACUUGUCGGACAGGAGGAUUCGUUAUUAGAAAGUACCGAAGAAGCACUUGUGCAGUUUAUCAGUAUCAAUGAUACAACAGAAGAGGACUUUAGCGCCCAUAUCGUACCAAUUGAAGUGGAGGACGACGAUGAUGAAGAUGAGGAGGAGGAGGAGGAUGAUGAUGUUCAGUUUGUCCAAGCAAGUCACAAUGAAGCAGAAUCGAGCCCUGCAGUCGGGCCCAGUCACGACAAACAGCAGACAUUACCGACAAACAGCACUGACAGCCGUUUCCCUAAUGUUAAAGACUUCCCCAACAACUUGAAUGUGGUCAGUGUGAAAACGACCAGAGCUCCAAAAAGCAACACGUUCACAUGUCAUGUAUGUAGCAGGACGUUCUUUCACAAGGGCACACUGACACACCACAUGAAGUCACAUAAGACAAACUUCUGCAGCAUCUGCAAGCAACAUUUCCCUCAAAAAAAGCUGAACUCACACAGAUGUGUGCCGCCUAUUUCACAUCAGAGAAGUAGCAAGUCGUGCGAGUUGUGCGGCAAGAUCUUUGCCAACCAAUCAGCUCUGAGGAUUCACUAUGUUGUCCAUACAGGUGAGAAACCCUACAGGUGCAGCCUGUGCGGCAAAAGGUUUACUCAGAAAGGCAAUUUAAAAUGUCAUCUACGCAUCCAUACUGGCGAGAGACCUUUCCUGUGUGUUAAGUGUGGAAAGACCUUCACGCAGAAGGUGAACCUCAGUCAUCAUCUAAUGGCACACAUAAAUCGUGAGGUUGUUGGAGGAGGGUCAGUGAGUCAGAAACAGCCUAAACCUAGCAACAUGUAGCAGC